AUGGACACCAUCAAGAAAGCUCUCACCAGCAACACGUUCGAUCCAGAUACGGAGAUCCCAGAUCUCAGCGGCAAGGUUUAUGUCGUCACCGGCGGCUCCGCGGGCAUCGGCUUCGGCAUUGUCGCCCAUCUUCUUCAGCACAACCCCCAGAAAAUCUACCUCCUUUCACAAAGUGAACAGCACGCUGCCGAGGCACAAGAUGCAUUGAAGCAUUGGGGCGAUGCCAGUCGAGUCGAGUGGAGACAAUGUAAUCUCGAGUCCUUCAAACAAACAGACAAGGUUGCGAGGGAGCUGUCGAAGGAGCUGUCCAGGCUCGACGCCUUGAUAUGCAACGCCGGGCUUGGUGUUGGCGUGUAUAACGAGAGCGAGGACGGUCUGGAUACCCACAUGCAAGUCAAUCACUUCGCACAGGCACAUCUGAUGCUCACGCUCCUGCCUAUCCUGCAGAAGACGCCAGACUCCCGUCUCGUUGCACAGUCCUCGGAUAUGCACCGGCCGGCGAGCAGUGACAUCAAAUUCGCCUCCAUCGAGGAGAUGAACCAGGAUAUUGGCGCUUUGCAGCUCUAUAAUCGCACCAAGCUCGCACAGAUCGUCUUUUUCCGCGAACUGCUGCUCCGCAUCAAGGCAGGACAAUUCGGUGAGAUCACUGCCGACACUGGCCUGCCGUGGAUCAACGCCACACACCCUGGCGGCGUUGCUACCGAUCAGCAGGAGCAGGCCAUUGAGGCAUACGGCACGCUUGGCAAGAUUGGCGUCACUGCUGUACGACCGCUAUUGAAAGACCCCGUUAAGCAAGGCUGCCGCUCGAUCUUAUUCGCUGCGACUCACACAGACAUCGUUAAGGAGCAGGUUCAGGGUGGAUAUAUCGUGCCAGACCGCAAGGUGACAGAGCCAUCAGACCAGUCGAAGAGCCCGGUCUUGGGUCUUAACCUAUGGAAGCUAACCAAGCAGAUCCUCGAGCAGAAGAUUGGCAAUCUUCCAUAUACGAUGCAGGACGACACAAUUAAGCCUAGGCACUUGGAGAAACAAGGCCUUGUCUCGUAG